GUUAUAAUGCGCUAGCCAUAUUUGUACUCUCGAUCCAAGACUGGUGCGGCGUUUUAUAUGAUAUUCAUUGAACUGUUAGAGCUGAAAUCACACAACUUUGUAAUUUGUGUUACGACAAAAUUAUCACCAGGCAGACCGAAGCUCAUUUGAGGCCCAAAAUUACAUUCGAUGAAAGAUGAAUCCCGCAAACUUGCUAUCAGCCGCAAAGUCUGGAACCACUAGCAGUAUAUUGGAUUUUCUACGGAAACCUGUCAGCAUUCUGAGGCUUGUCUCAAUCCUAGUGUCUGUGAUAGUCUUUGGUUCUAUAUCAUCAGGUUGUCAUACGCAUCAAGGUAUUUGCAUUUUUGGCACAACGUCUAGUGCUUGUAAUCUCCCCGUUGCAAUCGGCGUCUUUGCCUUUCUUGGAGAAAUUCUUUUUCUCAUUAGCGAUUUUAUGUUUGAUUCAAUUUCCAACAUUAAAAGACGGAAACAUAUUAUAAUUGGUGAUUUGGGUUUCUCAGGUUUGUGGACAUUUCUAUGGUUUGUGAGCUUUUGUCUACUUGCUAACAAAUGGACAAACACUUCUGAUGAAUGGCUUGGACAACACAAAGUAGAAGGAUGGCAGGAAAGUAAUGCUCGUUCAGCGAUAGUCUUCUCCUUCUUGUCCAUUGCAAUUUGGGGUGGAAUCACAUUUUUCGCAUUGCAACGAUUUCGAAUAGGCCAAGCUGGUCUCACUCCAGAAGAAGGACUAGGUGAACCUGGUUCAACUAUGGAUCCAAAUACUGGUGUUCCAGGUCAGCCAUAUCCUGGUAUGAUGUCUGACCCGAUGAGCCAGCAGCAGCAACAACCUUAUGGUGGAAAUAUUCAACAGCCACCUGUAGGUGGUGUCGGCGGUCAAUAUUACGGACCAACCUAUUAACAAACUAAAGGGAGUCCUAAUCUAGAAGUUUAACAGCAAUGAUACUAUUAUCUGAUCUCAUUUGAUUUUAUGGUUUUAAGUUGAAACGUGGUUGAAUCUUGACUUCUUAUGUGUAGUUGAUGUCGUUAUUGUUAUUUAUCAUUCCAUUGGUUAUUAUUAUUCUGAGUUCUUUUUAUACCAUUGACUUGAUUUCAUUUUUUAUUUAUAUAUUGCUCUACUUCUUUUAUGACUGAAAAUGGGGUCAGGGAUGGGAGGGCGCGAGUCAAACAAUCGCAGAGACAAAUCCAUAUCGUUAGUUUAAACUGUUUCUCCUCCGUUCUGUCAGACAUUCCAUUAAACCGUGAUACAUUUUCUUGUGAAUUUAUAUUUAAAGCAUUUUUCAAACAUAUAUAUAUAUAUAUAUAUAUAU